CCCAAAAUGGAGUUAAUCCUGACUGGGAGAAGAAAGUAAUUGAAUAUUUUAAGGAAAAGCUGAAAGAAAAUAAUGCUCCUAAAUGGGUACCAUCAUUGAAUGAGGUUCCUCUUCAUUAUUUGAAACCUAACAGUUUUGUGAAGUUUCGCUGCAUGAUUCAGGACAUGUUUGACCCUGAGUUUUACAUGGGAGUUUAUGAAACGGUGAACCGAAACACAAAAGCACGUGUCCUUCAUUUUGGAAAAUAUAGAGAUAUAGCAGAAUGUGGGCCUCAACAAGAAGUUGAUUUAAACUCUCCACGAACUACCACUUUGGAAAGACAGAAUUUCUAUUGUGUUCCAGUGCCUGGGGAAUCUGUGUGGGUAAAAGAAGCCUAUAUUAAUGCAAACCAAGCUCGAGUCAGUCCUUCAACAUCUUACACUCCCAGUCGUCACAAGAGGAGUUAUGAAGAUGAUGAAGACAUGGACCUACAGCCUAAUAAACAGAAAGAGCAGCAUGCGAGUGCCAAACAAACAGGGAGUGUUGGCGGUCUUCAGGGGUGUGGCGAGCCAAAACGUCUAGAAACUGAAGCUUCUACUAGACCACAGCUGAGCUCCUUGAACCUCUCUUCUCCUUUUGACCUGAACUUCCCACUGCCAGGAGAGAAGGGCCCUGCGUGCCUUGUGAAGGUCUAUGAAGAUGGGGAUUGUUUCAAAGUAAAUGAUGUUCUUGAGUUGUAUGGCAUCCUCUCUGUGGAUCCUGUGCUAAGUAUACUGAACAAUGAUGAAAGGGACGCCGCGUCACUCCUGGAUCCGAUGGAAUGCACAGACACAGCCGAAGAACAGAGAGUGCACAGUCCUCCUGCUUCACUAGUGCCAAGAAUUCAUGUGGUUUUAGCCCAGAAGUUGCAACACAUCAACCCACUGUUGCCGGCCUCCCUUAACAAAGAGGAGAGCAAAACCUGUAAGUUUGUUUCAAGCUUCAUGUCCGAAUUGUCUCCAGUCAGAGCAGAAUUGCUUGGGUUUCUCACACAUGCCCUUUUGGGAGAUAGUUUGGCUGCUGAAUACCUUAUACUACAUCUCAUCUCUACGGUAUAUACAAGAAGAGACGUUCUUCCACUAGGAAAAUUUACGGUUAACUUGAGUGGUUGCCCACGGAAUAGUACCUUCACAGAACACUUGUAUCGAAUUAUUCAACAUCUUGUUCCAGCAUCUUUUCGUCUGCAGAUGACUAUAGAGAACAUGAACCAUUUGAAAUUCAUUCCCCACAAAGACUAUACAGCCAAUCGCUUGGUCAGUGGGCUCCUCCAGCUACCCAGCAACACUUCCCUUGUAAUCGAUGAAACUCUCCUGGAGCAAGGCCAGCUUGACACCCCAGGUGUUCAUAAUGUGACGGCCCUGAGCAACCUAAUAACUUGGCAGAAGGUGGAUUAUGAUUUCAGUUACCACCAAAUGGAAUUCCCCUGCAAUAUUAAUGUUUUGAUUACUUCGGAGGGGAGAUCACUCCUACCUGCAGAUUGCCAGAUCCACCUACAGCCACAGCUAAUUCCCCCAAACAUGGAGGAGUACAUGAACAGCCUUCUCUCAGCCGUGCUGCCUUCUGUGCUAAACAAGUUUCGCAUUUACCUGACCCUUUUGAGGUUCCUGGAUUAUAGCAUAUCUGAUGAAAUAACCAAGAUUACAUCUGUAUACACUCUAUGCCCAUCGACGUUCAUAAUUAUUGGUCUAUACAGUUGUCUUUUAAUCAGAGGGAAAAGUUACAAAAGAAAAGCAGUUGAAGAUGACUUUGUGGAAAUGCGCAAGAAUGACCCUCAGAGCAUCACUGCUGACGAUCUCCACCAGCUGCUCAUUGUCGCUCGGUUUCUGUCUCUCAGUGCUGGUCAGACAACACUGUCAAGAGAACGAUGGCUAAGAGCAAAGCAGCUUGAGUCUUUGAGAAGAACUAGGCUUCAACAGCAGAAGUGUGUGAAUGGAAAUGAACUUUAAACAUCUGAUACCUAUCGAAGAGUAAUGGGCAAAUUACAGCCACAUUCUUGUAAAAUGCAAGUAUCAUUUAUACCAUUGUUUUGUAGAUACUUUGUAUUAAAAACCAAGGACUUUUCCUGAAAUCAAGCCUGGUAACAUCUGAAGUUUAUAUAAUAUUCAGUAAGGACUUUUACCUUACUGAUUUUAUGGAGCUUUUCGAGUUUGUUUUAUAAUUAUAUAAAUUAGUAAUGUACAAAACUGUAUUUGAUAUUAAAAGUUUAAUAUUGAUAACAUUGCUGCUUAUACCAUUUCCUUAGCUGAAGCUAAGUUAUAGGCCAGACUUUGUUCAUAUGAAAAUAGUUGCAAUUCCAUUCAGGAAUUGUUCACUUAAGAUUUUUUACGUCUUUCCAAUUAACAGUGGAUCUGAAUGUGUUUUGUGAUCACGUUUGGGAAAUGAUACUAUAGAAUUUCACAUGAUUUCCCAAACGUUUGACCACAGAAGCUUUUUUUCUAUUUAACAGUUGUUAAUCUGCAACACUAGUCUUUAACGUGGCAGUGGUUCCCAUACUUUGAGUUCAUGGACCAGUAAUAUUUCCCCAAAUUUUGGGAUGGACAAGGAUGCCAAGUUAUCUGAAAGAAAUCACUGUAUUAUUACUUUUUUUUUUCAUGAGGACAAUCUUAAAACAAGAUAGUCCUUUAAGUGGAAUAAAUGUAGCUUUUUAAAAAAAUACUCCAUUGUCCUUAUUUUUCUCAUUUCACCCCAGUACAUUUGGGAACCACUGUUUUAUGGCACUCACUUAAGGAAAUUCUACCCUACUAACUUGUUUUUCCUAAAUAUGAGGAGAGUAAAAUAGUUAAUUUUUAAUUUUAAGAAAUGUCUUCUUUAGGAAAAAGGUUUUUAUCUUUUCCUAAUGUCAUUUACUUGCUUUGAUGAUUGUAUUAGAUUUUGAACUUUAUUAGAUUAACUAACAUUAUCUGCUCGUCCAGAACACCAUGAUAAAACGAAGUAGGCUUUCCCCAGACCAGUUACAGUUCUCACAUACAGCAAGUUUUCAAAUGAACAAAAACAUCAUUGUUCAUAGUAUAAUUGUGGCUCCCAGAAUAUUUGGAGAGGUUAGAACAUCACUUAAGCUGUGGUUAUACAUAAUUAUUUUUAGUCAGUGACUUACCUAGUUGGAAACAUUAAUGGUUUAAAUGAUUCCUUAAAUUCCACCCCCAGGUCUAAAUUGACAUUGUUAACCAAGGAAACAGGGUGAGCCUUGAAAAUCAAGGAAUUUAUUAUGCCUAGCAAAUGGGAUUAUUAGUUUAACUUUUCCUAAACUCAAAUCUAUUUUUUAUAAACUAAUAUAAUCAGUUUAUAUUUAGUAUUCUAACUGGUUUUCAUUUUUAUAACUGGUAGACUAGACCAUCCUUGAACUUUUAGGAAAUGAAACCUCACCUGGAUUUGUGGGAAUAAAAUUCAAGAGAUUA